AUGUUCAAAUUGGAUGAUGAUAGUAGUGAAUCUUAUUUAUUAUUUAGUAAAUACUUUGAGAUAGGCUCUGAUGAUAACAGUUACAAGUUUCUUAAAAUUGUAGAUUCACAAUUUUAAGCAUGAAUUUGUAUUAAAUUCUACCUAGUCCUUAAAACCAAACCUAAAAUAAAACUAAUGAGUAUUAAGCAUCGGAAUAUAACUGUAAAAUUUCUAAAAUUCCAAAAAAGAAAGUAUACAUGAAAUUAUCGACAUUCUAAUCAAAAAAACACAAGUAUUUAACCUUUCAAUAUUUGAAGAUUAUUAAGGCAGAAAGAAUCUUGCCCAACUGGUUUAAGAAGUAAAGAUUAUGUCAUAUUUUAAAAGAAUUUCAAAGUCAAUGGAGGCUCUGUCAAUAAAAAGGGAAUUCGUAGGAAAAAAAGCUUAUUAGAAGAUUCUAAAAUUAUUAGAGGUGUAGUUAAAUUAAAUUAAUUGUAAAUCAAAUUUGCAUCUCUUUCUCAGAUAUAUUCCUAUCUUUCUAUAAGAUUUUCAGUCAAAUUCUUUAUGCUCAAGCUUUCAUUUAAAUUCCUUUAUUUGGUUGA